GCUCAAAAACAAACUGAAGUGAUGUCAAUUGGUCCUACCAUUCGUUCAAGUCGGCAACAUUACGUCCAGCGUGGCUGAGGCUGUAUAAAUUUUUAGGUUAAAAUUUUUAAAAACUAAAACUGAAAUCAUGACGAAUUCAGCGAUCUCUAAGAAACGAAAGUUUGUUGCAGAUGGCGUCUUCAAGGCAGAAUUAAAUGAAUUCUUGCGUCGAGAACUAGCUGAAGAUGGAUACAGUGGUGUAGAAGUCAGAGUAACUCCAACUCGUACAGAAAUCAUCAUCCUCGCCACACGAACACAACAUGUUUUGGGUGAAAAGGGAAGGAGAAUUCGUGAAUUAACAUCUGUUGUACAGAAAAGAUUCAACUUCCCUGAAGGAACUGUUGAGUUAUAUGCAGAAAAAGUAGCUGCUAGGGGAUUGUGUGCUAUUGCUCAGUGCGAAUCUCUGAGGUACAAAUUGAUCGGAGGUCUUGCUGUAAGGAGAGCUUGUUAUGGUGUACUGCGGUUUAUUAUGGAAAGUGGUGCCAAGGGCUGCGAAGUUGUUGUAUCUGGUAAAUUACGAGGACAAAGAGCUAAAUCCAUGAAAUUUGUUGAUGGUUUAAUGAUCCACAGUGGUGACCCAACAAAUGACUAUGUUGAAACUGCUGUUCGUCAUGUACUGUUGAGACAAGGUGUGCUUGGUAUCAAAGUCAAAAUUAUGUUGCCAUGGGAUCCCAAUGGCAAGGUAGGACCCAAAAAUCCACUUCCUGAUAAUGUUAGUAUUGUUGAGCCAAAAGAGGAAGAAUUGCCUCAGGCACCAUACAGUGAAGCUAAAGGUGGAGAUGCAAAACCACCAUUGACUGCAUAAAAAUUGUAUAAAUACUUUCAAAUAAAAAAAAAAACUGUUCCCA